UGUGCGCGAGCUGUGACUGACAGCGCACGCGCGGUGCUGGGAAGUAGCGCGUGCUGGGAUUUACUCCACUGACGUUUGCCUGAACUUGGUUCUCUGCGCGCGCGCCUGCCUGCCUCAGCCGAGCUCAAGGCUUUUCAUCUUUCCGCGCACUUCACACGUGAUCUCGGCUUCCGAAACACCGGGCUUUAUGUUCGCUUCCACGUAUAGCGCGCGCACUCCAGAUGCAUGUGCUGCCUGACCGGGACAGGAAAGACGCCGCGGUUGGCACCGGCACCAUGUUCAGCUGUGUGGGCUGCUUCUGGCUGCUGCUGUCCGCCGCGCUCGUUGCGCUCUGCAGCUUCAGCUUCAUCUCUCCGGCGUGGAUCGUGAAGGAGCAGCAGCACGGGAGGAGCGGCCACUCGGUGAGUUUCGGCCUGCUCUGGCACUGCUCCGAGUCCCUGGACCACAUGUACACAUGCUACGCGUUUGGAGGCAUCGGGAGGUUCGCUGAGAUUCCCUCCAGCUCCUGGCAGACGAGCGCUGUGCUGUGCUCUGGAGGUUGCGCGCUGUUGGCCGUCAGCUCGCUGCUGGCCAUCAUAACCAUCUUCUUGCCCAGUGGAAACUGCGAGAGGAAGAUCUGCACGCUGGCUGGGUACAUGCAGAUGGCUGCAGUGUUCAUCAUGGCAUCCGGUUUGCUGGUUUAUCCCUUUGGCUUAAACUCCAGUUUGGUCAAGUCCUUCUGUGGAAACUCGGAUGUCUACUACGCCGGUGAAUGCCAGAUAGGCUGGGGUUACAUGUUGGCCAUCGUGGGCGUCAUGCUCACCCUCUUUUUACCCUUCUUUGCCAAGUACGCCCCAAAAGAGCAGCUCCUGCCCACCCCACUGCCCACACUUUUAUAAACCCCCUGCCAUGCCCAUCAUAUCUUCUCUGAGCUGUUACGAUCUGUAUCGCCUCAUUCUUUUUCUUGGCCAACAAUGAUAAUGUUGCCACUUCAGAAUAAGUGUGGCUGGAGAAGUCAUUGUGUUCAUUGUGUGAUGUGCUGCAUUGUCUUCCUUCAUCUGAUAAGCGACUUAUUUUCAUUGGCAUCCCUUGUGGUGGAAACGUUUUUUGGAAAUGCAGAUUCCUGGCAACUCUUUUUUUUUUUUGCCCCCCUUUUCUCACUGCAAACUAAUUUACGCAUUUAAUCACGUAAAAUUAAAUGCAAUUUAAUGCAUCAACACAAAUCUUUGGAAAGGCAACACCAAAACAGCAGAUGAAACUCUGCGAAUGGUAAAUCUAACAAACAUUCUAGUUCUACCUAAUACACAUCUGGAUGCAAAGAUUGCGAGAGAACGAGGAGAAGUUUUCUCCCAAACAUCAGGGAUUAUUCAGAACAUCAAGAGGAAAGCAAGGAACUCAGAAAUCUUUCAUGCAACAUCAAAUAAUAUUCAACUAACCAAGACACGGGAGAGUAGGAAAAUUCUGUUCUUGGAUCCACUGGCUAUGAAAGUUUUCUUCUUCACUAUGGAACCAGGCUGUUGAGCAAAUAAAAAAGGAUUUAUGAUCCUGAUGAAAAUCUGAAAGGGUUUGGAAAAUCUGCCAUAUAUUUAUCCAGUAACAACCAACACUGUGGCUAACAGGCUAGGAGAACAGAAAAACUUUUUCUUAAAAACGUUUACUACACAAACUGGUGUUUUUAUAUAUAUUUUGCUUUAGAACCUGGGCUGUGAUGAGUCAGUGGACGUCCAAACAGCAGUCAGAAAAAUAGUGAAGAGGCUCGUGACCACGUAAAGGAAAAAAAAAAAAAAAUUAUAUAUAUGCCAACAAAAGCACUGACAUUUUCACCACUAAACUUGUGUUGUAAUUUUAAAAUGACCUGAAAACUAAAAAUCUGUGUCUCUGUUUGCCCUCACUUCCAAUCAGUUUUAAGAGGAAUAUUAAAAGUCCAAGCCAUACCCUCGGUUUUGUACUUGGACUUUUCACUAAACUGAAUAUUCAGGAUUAUACAAGAUCAGGAGAAAGGCAAAGAAAAAAAUACCAUAUAAUUACAAAAAGAUAUCCUGAUGGGGAAAAAAAAAUUUAAUUCAACACUGUCUUAAUGGUUGAACAGAAAGCUAUCUAUUUUUAAAGCCCGUUUAACACACUUUUUUUUUUUUUAAAUAGUAGAAGAAAAAAAGUUUUAAGGAGUAGCAUAAAACCUCGAAAGUCAUGAAAAUGUAGUGUAAGGACAAGAAGCUAAUUAGAGUACGCAAGACUACUGUGUCUUGGCUGUUAUACACUUUUAGCACUCUGGCAGGACACCUGAGCAUCUGGUUGAUAAAUGUGGAUUCCCUCUCCUGACCCUUUCCCUUCAAGGAGCACCUAUGGGACGUUGCAAAAUCACAAAAUCGGACACUAAUCAGAUCCUUCUGCAGGAACUGGACAAAACCUCACUAUUACUUUGGCUCUCUGAAUUGAAAAUCUAAACCAAUUGAGGCUCUAAAGUUACUAAAAACACUACAGCGUGAUGUCUCAGUGUUCAGACUUCCCAUGUUCCUGUGAUCAUCAUGUCUUUAUUGUUGUUGUUUAGGGCUGAGAUCCUGUCAGUGUUGCAUUUCUUUUUUUUUUUCCUUCCCCAUCUGUGCACACAAAGUCGACACAGAGACACUCCUCGAGAUAAAAACAGACAAUAAAACAAAAAAAACACUUUUUCUGCCCUAACCAACGUGUGCCUUUUUGGAAAACCAUAACUAAGAAGACUUCAAUACCUUUGAUCAGGUUACUUCUGCUGAAACUGUAGUUUUGUAAAUGCUUCCUAGUUUUUUGGUUCCUCCCCCCGUGUUGUGCAUUUCUGUGAAUGUCUUGGUUUGCUAUAAAUUAAACGGGGAUUGUUUCAAUUGUAAGUCUUCUAGAUGAGAACCAGAGCAAGUUCACAAGAAGCUGUACAAAUAAUUUCCAAGGGGAUUUAAAAAACAAUAAUAAUAAUAAAAAAUAAGCAGCAUAUAAAUAAGAAAACAAUUAGGAAUGAAUGAGGGAUUAAAACUAAAGAGCACUACUGUCAUUAUAUGUCAGUUACUCUCAAAGAAUUAUUUAAUUGAUAAAAAACUAUAAGAAGUAAUACAGCACAAAAUUGAGAUGCUCAAUAACCUGAACUUGGCCCUCAUUUGCGUUUCUCCUCUUGGUAUCUUUUCGUGUGAUGCAUUUUCAGAAUUGCUAAAUGAGUAUAUUCAGUCUUCAGCUAAGACUUUCUACUUUCCUGUUAUUAAUGUGAUUAAGCAUGCAGUGGCAUUUGGCUCUAAACAAACCCAGCUGAACAAAUUCUAUCCCAAACUGUGAGCAAGUGGAAACUUUAAAAGAUGGGUUUUUUUUUUUUUUAAACAGCAGAACACACUGACCAAUAAUACCGGCGUACACUAUGUGAUAAGCACCAAUGAGGAUAAAAAGAUGUAUGUGCUCGUGCAUACGUUCCCAAAAUGCACUCGGAUGACGCUGUUAUUGUAAUAACCUUCGGUACAGUGAUUCCUUUUGUCUGUAAUAGUGUGUGCGUGCGUGUGUGUGUGUGUGUGUGUGUGUGAGGUCUGAACUCUGAUUCUGUAAAUCAGUUGUAUUUUAGUUUUCCAUUGUGUGGUUUUGGCUGUAAAUAAUUACGUAAGAUGGCUGUUCAUGCAAAAAGAAAAAAAAAAAAGGUUGAUCCCAUUUUGGAAGAUCUAUUUUGAGAUAUUACCUCAUAAUUGUGUUUGUUUAUUCCCUGAACCUUAACAAGACUUGCUGUUG